UGGGAUCGACUGAGCGGGUCUUACAGUCUGCGGAUCGUUCGCCCGACAACAAUGGCAGCAGUGGAGGCUCCGGCCGACGUUUCCAAAGCCAACAGCGAAGGAUACGAGAAGAAAUGUAUUUUCUGCAAAAUUGUCAACAAGGAAAUGGGCACAGAGCUUAUCCACUGUGAUGAGGACAUCUCAUGUUUCCAAGACAUCAAACCAGGAGCUCCCCAUCAUUACCUUGUCGUUCCAACCAAACAUGUAGGGAACUGCAAAUCACUCAGCAAGGAACACGUGCCUUUAGUGAAGCGGAUGGUCGAGACGGGGAAGGAGAUCCUCCAAAAAAAAAACAUUACGGAUCUUAGUGAUGUCAGGUUUGGUUUCCACUGGCCCCCAUUCUGCUCUGUCACACACCUCCACCUUCAUGUCCUGGCACCUGCCAGUCAAAUGAGUCUCAUGUCUCGGCUCUUCUACAGACUCAACUCCUAUUGGUUCAUCACGGCAGACCAGCUGAUUGAGCUUCUCAACUCUAAAGAAGAGUCCAACUGAUCACGUGUUUGGAUCGAGUUCUUAAAGUGUUGGAUGUUGAUGUCACUGAAACAUCCACCUUCAACAUCCUCAAAUUAAGAUGUGAUAUCAUUUUAAACUGGGGACGUAUUUGUAACAAAAGAGCACUUUUCAAACUGAGAGCCAAAUGAAGGCUUGAAGGAAGCCAACUCUUAUUUUUUUGCUACUUCAGACAUGACACACUAACUUUUUUUCUUCAUAAUUUAAAAGAAGAAGUUAAGGGAUUUUCCUUAAAUCCACUGGAUCAAAAACUUUAUGGACAAUUCCCACACCGUGUAAUUAACCUUGGCUUUCCUGAUGGGGAUUGUGUGGGUCAAAGCUCAGAGGUGAAGUAGAAGUGACCCUUUGACACGUGCAUGAAGUGAAGUUUGCUAAAUCAGCUCAACAAGCACAGAAAUAUCGUGGGUUAGUGUUUGCAUGUGAUACAAUGUCUAGGGUAUAUUACACUAAUGACGUGGUGCUUGAAGAUCAUAUUUAUGCAAGAUGAUACAACACUAUACCAAGGAAUGAAAAGAAAGAAAACUGUACAGUAUGAAAGUAAAUGUAAUUUAAAAAUUCAUUUAAUAGUAAAUAAUAGAUGCUG